AGGCUUCCUUCCGGUUUGCUAAGCGGAGGAGGGUGAGGGGGGGGGCCGGAAGCGUUGAUGGUUUAGCGGCUCUCGGGCGGGAAAGGUAGUAGUGCUAGGGCAGCUAGGGUUUGGCCGAGGCGCGUUGCUUCUCCAGGCUGUGCAGGGACCUCAACACCACCACCAUGUCGAGCAAAAGGGCAAAAACCAAGACCACCAAGAAGCGCCCGCAGCGCGCCACGUCCAAUGUGUUUGCCAUGUUCGACCAGUCCCAGAUCCAGGAGUUCAAAGAGGCCUUCAACAUGAUUGACCAGAACAGAGAUGGCUUCAUCGACAAGGAAGACCUGCAUGAUAUGCUUGCCUCACUAGGGAAAAACCCAACUGAUGAAUACCUGGAUGCCAUGAUGAACGAGGCUCCGGGGCCCAUCAACUUCACCAUGUUCCUCACCAUGUUUGGUGAGAAGUUAAAUGGCACAGACCCUGAGGACGUCAUCCGCAAUGCUUUCGCCUGCUUUGAUGAAGAAGCAACUGGCACCAUCCAGGAGGAUUACCUGAGGGAGCUGCUGACCACCAUGGGUGACCGCUUUACCGAUGAGGAGGUGGAUGAGCUGUACAGAGAAGCCCCCAUCGACAAAAAGGGGAAUUUCAACUACAUCGAGUUCACACGCAUCCUCAAACACGGAGCGAAAGACAAGGAUGACUGAGCGCGUCAGAUCCCAUCUGCAUGCUCCUUGUUGCCACGUGGGGUACUUCUGAGGUUUUCUCUUAGAGCCUGUCGCAUGCCCUUAGCUUUACAGCUUCUUGCCUUUUUUUGUAUUUAUUCUCAGCCAUUUGGGGCACAUGUACCUUUAUAAUCAGACAGGAAAUGGGACUUUCUUUCAUUUUCAGAAUAGAAAGUAGGGUAAUUUAACUUACCAGUGGUCUCAUUCCUUCCAAAUAGCUACAGUCCACAGAGUCUAUAUUUUUUCAGAGAAAGUUAUUUGCUCAAUUUUUUUCUGAAUGAUAAUUAAACUUCAUGGUAAAAUA